GAGAAGUGGUGGGAGCUAUGGCUGGGGAGGUGGGGAACAAGGGGCCAGUCUACCCAAAGGCUCACCAGAAAGGCAAAAUGCCCUCUCCUUCCACUAUGGGCCUCCUGUUUCCUCCAUCCCAAUCUUGGGAGACCCCAGAGUUUGAGCUUCAGAAACUCUGGAGGUGAAAGGUUUGGCCUCAAGAUCCGGCUCUGCUAUUUACUAGCUGUGUGACCUUGGGCAGACCAUGUACGCUUUGCAAGCCUCAGUUGGGCCAUCUGUAAAAUGGUGAUAAGAACACCACCUGAUUCACAUAGCUGUUGGGAGGACUGAAGGAGAUAACACCCAUAAAGCAUUUAGCCUGCCUAGCACACUGUCGUGGCCCAAUAAAUGGGAGGCGUCUUGUUGUUUUCUGUGCAGACUUUGCUACCAAUGUCACUGCUGAACUCUGGCUGGCCCCACCGAGGGGAGAGGCUGACCCCUCCGGAGCCAAAUCCACCAGUCAACUCAGACAGCAACCCAGGUCACGGGCCAGAGGAGGACCCUGAGGAAACCUCUGCUCAGGUGGAUCCUGAAGUCCUGAGCUUGGGGAACCCUGGCCUGGACACCAACCAAGCCCCCAGCUGGCCUGGACUCCGGACCCUCCUGCAGCAGCUCCCUCCGCAGGACAGCGAUGAGCGCUACUGCCUGGCCCUUGGGGAGGAGGAGCUGGCUGAGCUGCGGCUCUUCUGUGCCCAGCGGAGGCGGGAGGCCCUGGGACAGGGGGUGGCCCGCCUAGUACCUCCCAAGCUUGAAGAAUGCACCUGUGAAAAGUGCAGGGAGCAGCUGAGGCCAGGGGAGUACGGAGUGUUCGCAGCUCGGGCAGGAGAGCAGCGCUGCUGGCACCGGGCUUGCUUUGCCUGCCAGGCCUGUGGCCAGGCCCUGAUAAACCUCAUCUACUUCUACCACGAUGGGCGUCUCUACUGCGGCCGUCAUCACGCAGAGCUGCUGCGGCCGCGCUGCCCGGCUUGUGACCAGCUGAUCUUCUCCCGCCGCUGCACCGAGGCCGAGGGACGGCGCUGGCACGAGAACCACUUCUGCUGCCAGGACUGCGCCGGGCCCUUGGGCGGGGGACGUUAUGCCCUGCCGGGCGGCGGCCCCUGCUGCCCCAGCUGCUUUGAGAGACGCUAUUCGGAUGCCGGCUCGAGUCCGGCCCCGACAGUGGAAGGCAGGGCGUCCCCGGGGGAGGCGGAGCUCGGCGGAAUUGAAGACGGGCACCGCGCCCCGCGGAAUGCCGCGAUCAUCUCCCGGGCAGCCAUUCUCUCUACUGCCGCCAGCUCCAGUCUGGAAACCCAGAGGGGGACGCUUGGAUCCAGCCCGGAGCAGGAGUGUAGAGCUGGGGACCAGGCGGAGACACCCAAAGGGCAAGAGCAGGGCUGCCCAGAGACUCCCCUUGAUCCCAAGGAGGACGCUUCCUGCGCCACCUGCUCCUCUUCCUCUGAAUCGGAACCCGAAGGCUUUUUCUUAGGCCAGCGCCUUCCCCGGCCCUGGGAGACCCCCGGCAAUCUCCAAGCUGGGGACAGCGACACCUCCAGGAAGCAUUGCACCAUUUGCUAGUGGCGCGGCCCGGAAAAAGGGUGGCGGGGGAGGUGAUCUGUAAGGUGAGAGAGCAAAGCUGUCCUCCCCCUAUAAAAAUCCUAGACUGAUCGCCAUCAGGGCCAUGGCUGGGAGAGGCGGCGAAAUGACAAAUUUGGAGUGCUUCCUUUUAGCCCGCACAUUCUAUGACUUUUCACGGAGACUCUUGGGGAGCCCCAUUCCUCAGAGCUA